CGCUCUUGACACCAGUUGAUAGAAGUUGUAUUUUUCAUCAUACAACUGUACGAAGUACCGAAAUACCGUAUUGGCAGUAAAUUAGGAUCCAAAACCGGCUCAAUCGCAUAAUAUAUCUUUUCAAUUGUAAAAUACAGUUGACAGGUACGUUGAUUGAAAAUACCUUUGAGACAAAGCUCAUCGCACUCUUUUUGAACGACGUGUUUUCGGUAGCUGCAUAGCUGACUCUAACAUAAUUUUGCGCUCUCUACUCCAAUAUUUCCAACAUCUUAUCAUCUCAGAAACGAAAAACUCGGUAUCAUGGCCUUCUGCGACGAUAUUGAAAAUCUCUCUGAAGAGGCAUCAUCAGUCUGCGAAUCCCUAGGGAGCAGCUUAAGCAGUGAUGGCAUUGUUACCGGAGUCGACACCUUUUUCUUGUUGUUUGCCGGAGCGCUUGUCUUUUUGAUGCAAGCUGGAUUUGCCAUGCUCUGCGCAGGAUCCGUUCGUCAAAAGAAUGUGAAGAACAUCAUGCUCAAGAACCUCUUGGAUGCGUGCGGAGGAGCUAUCGGUUUCUACACACUUGGCUACGGAUUUGCGUACGGAAGUGGAAAUACAUUCAUCGGUGCUUCGAACUUCGCUAUCACGGAAAUGUCGUCUGGUCCAGAUUACAUUGGAUUUUUCUUUCAGUUCGCUUUUGCUGCGACUGCCGCCACAAUUGUUGCAGGAACCGUAGCUGAGCGUUGUAAGAUGUCUGCUUACCUAUGCUACUCGCUUUUCCUUACCGCAUUUGUAAGUGUCGAAGAAUUAUUAUAUUGUUGCUGUUGUUCACUCUUGUUUUAAAACUGUGGUGACCGCAUCGAAAGGUCGGAAGAUCCUGAAGCUCACACACUACUUUUUUUUCGCAAAUGAAACCCCAGGUCUACCCAAUUGUGGUGCGAUCUGUCUGGAGCAGCGAUGGUUUUAUCAGCGCAUUUGCAGCAGAGCCUCUCCGUGGUGUUGGUAACAUUGAUUUCGCUGGGUCUGGUGUCGUCCACAUGACUGGGGGUGCUACGUAAGUGCAAUCAUUUUUUAAUCAGUGCAAAUGAAACAGGAAUUACAACAUAUUGACUUUCUCACGCAUCAACUUUUUGCGAAGUGCUCUUGUGGCUGCUAUUGUGCUUGGACCUCGCCGUGGACGUUUUUACGACGACGAUGGCAACGCCCUCGAAACUCCAAAAGAAUUCCCUGCCCACUCCACUGCUCUUCAGGUUCUUGGUACCUUCAUCUUGUGGUUCGGAUGGUUCGGAUUCAACCCUGGAUCUGCUCUGGCUAUUGCCAACGAGGAGUCUGCUGCCACUGCUGCUCUAUGUGCCGUUACCACUACCCUCGCCGCCGCGUGUGGGUGCGUUACAUCCAUGGCCCUUGAUUCUUUCAUGGACUACAGUGCUACUGGUGAAGUCUCGUACGACUUAACCAUGGCCAUGAAUGGUGCCCUUGGAGGCCUUGUAGCCAUCACCGCCGGAUGUUCCGUCGUCUAUCCCUGGGCUGCCGUCAUCAUCGGAAUUAUCGGAGGAAUUGUGUACUACGCCUUCUCCAAGUUCCUCAUCAAGAUGAAGAUCGACGAUGCUGUCGAUGCGAUUCCCGUUCACUUCGCUAACGGUGCAUGGGGAGUCAUCGCUGUCGGUCUUUUCGCCGACAAAGACCUUCAGGCAAUUGCUGGGUUCUCUGAUGCUCACCAAGGGUGGUUCAACGAUUUCGGCGAUGCGAAUCUUCUUCUGGUCCAGUUCCUUGCCAUUCUCUGGAUCUGCACUUGGGUGUUCGCGGUCAUGACGCCUUUCUUCAUGCUUCUGAAUGCGCUCGGCAUGUUCCGCGUUGAUCCUCUUGAAGAAGAGGUUGGUCUUGAUAUCUCUCAUCACCGUGGUACUGCUUACGAUUUGGAACCUGCCAAACAAACCGAUGUUGAAGAACUCAUGGAGGUUCGUGCUUCUCGUCAUGGAAAAGUUGAAGUUCCAAAGGAAGUCGCCCAGGCCGCCGAAGUUGCUGCAACCGAUUAAAUUUUGGCAUUCGUUGCAAAACAAAGCCUUUUAUGUUUCAUGUCCAGUCAGUAUCGAAGAAUUGCAUGUGAGCCCACUUUAUGCUUUAUUCUGAAGGCAUAAAGUCGUGCCCCAGCUGGUCGUGAAAACUCAUGCAUUGAAUUGUAAUUUCACGUCCGACGCUGCCGAAUCAUAUUGCAUUCAAAUUCUUAGUAGUACGGUAUUAAAUCAACAAAAAAAUC